AUGAAAAAGAUAACAAUAUUUUUGUUAGCUUGUGUUUUCUAUACUGUUAACGCAAAAGUAUUUCAACGUUGUGAAUUGGCUAGAACACUUUCACAUUGGGGUGUUUCCAGACAAGAUAUUUUAGAAUGGGUUUGUAUUGCUGAAUUUGAAAGUUCCUUUAAUACUAGAGCAAUUAAUCAUAACAAUGUUGAUGGAAGUUGGGAUUGGGGUCUCUUUCAAAUAAAUGAUCGUUACUGGUGUGACGGUGGUAAACCGACUUCUAAUGGCUGUGGAGUAAAUUGCAGAAAAUUUUUGACUGAUGAUAUAGGUGCAGCUUUCAAUUGUGCUCGUAAAAUAAAGAAUGCUCACCAUUAUGAUCAUAAUGGAUUUGGUGCUUGGGUCGCAUGGAGAAACCAUUGCCAAGGUUGGGUACCAAGUAAACAACAAACUCAACAUUGUUUUUAAUACCAUCAUAGUAGCACAUUCAUGUAAAUGAAUUCGAUAUACUUAUUCUAAAUGUUUUAGAAUUACUUUUGAAAUAUAAACGCAAAUAAAUUUUUAUUUCAAAAUGUU